UGCACUGUUUAUCAAUGACGGUAUUUCAGGAUUUUAUCGCAAAAUAUGAAGAAUACCUUCUGCUAUUUAUGCUUAGCGGCAAAUAGAAGAACACUGAACAUUUAUAAAACGGACCUACAGUACGUUUAUGAAAGCCUCGCGUAUUACAAGAUCACAGACGGCGAAUGUUGGAUGUGCUACAUCUGUCACACGAGGCUUCAGCAAUGUCUCCGGCUGCAGCAGUUGGCUGUGCAGACACGGGGUCUCAUUGAUGGCCACAAUAAGAUCAAUAUCGAUCUAAAAGUGCUUGGAUCCUUGUUAGAAUUAUCAAUCUAUAGGACGAAAAACAUCUCAAUACCACAUUAUACUUCACGUGAUAUACAGGAGCCAGAAGCAAAGAACCAGCUAGAUUUGAAGCUUGAAUCUACCAAUGACAGUGUGAUCGAUCAUAAUGUGGAAAGUUCAUGCGACUACGAAGGAUAUGAACAAUUCUUUAUAGAAUAUGACGAUCCUCUAUUAAUCAAUGAUAACUGUAAAACGGAUUUACCAGUAGACCGAAACGCCUCUUCAAACGAGGUUCAAUCAGAGGUUAGCCAAGUUAAUUAUGAAUAUGUGCAGCAAACCCCGACAACACAUACAAUCAAGGAAGAAUAUUUUGAGGGCCUCGGAUCACAAAAUGCAGCUCGGUGCACAGAACAACGGAGUGUAGAAGAAAUGCAACAACAUAUAGAAGUGGAGAUAGAAUAUUUAGGUAACAAACGAGAUGCCAAUGAACAGGAAAGAGAUAAUCUCAUGGAAUCAAAAUCCCACAGCAAGAAAAAACCACACCACUGCGAAGUGUGCUCAAAGACGUUUACAUGCAGAAGCCUCCUCUUGCAACAUGCCAGAAAACAUACCGGCGAGAAACCGUUUAGAUGCCACAUCUGUCAGAAAGAGUUCACUAGAAAGGUGAAUUUAAAUACACACAUAGAGACCCACAGUGGCUUAAAACCGUUCAGCUGUCAUAUCUGCCCGAAGAAAUUCGCAGCUAAGUUUAAUCUCAGUAAGCAUAUUAGAACACACGCGUUUCAGAAAGCGUUCACAUGUGAGGUUUGUCAGAACAAAUUCUCCCGUAAGGGCUACCUAAAGACCCAUCAGCUGCUACACACAGGUGACAAACCGUUCAAUUGUGACAUAUGUAGCAGAAGUUUUUCACAGAAGAAGACUUUAAAAUACCAUAUAUUGUCCCAUAUGAACGUUAAGCCGUACACGUGUAAUGUUUGCCAUAGGAAGUUCGCUCAGAAGGGCGAUUUGAAUAGACAUUUAAGAGUACAUACGGGUGAGAGACCGCAUGGCUGUCACAUCUGUCACAAAAAGUUCUCGCACAAAAGUAACUUAAAGAAACACACACUCAUCCAUUCUAAUAUAAAGCCAUUUAGUUGCGCUAUAGUCGAUGUGGUUAGUCUUGGCGCGGAAGUGCAAUGACCAAUGUCUACCAGUGGGGCUCGACAAUCUUGAUUCAAGGAACACAAAUAGUUUUGCUGUGUUAAUCUGUUAUCUAUUAAUGAUUAUAUUAACUACUAAACCGAUUUAGAUGUAAAAGUUUUUUAGAAAUUGCAUCAAAAUGCGGGCAAUACUUUGUAAUAUGUCGUUUCUGUAACUUUUUAUGAAGAGGUAACAGACAAACAUAAUUUUCAUGUAAAUUAAAAGGUUCCAAAUUAAU